CUGUACUAUACUUGUGGGCGUGUGAUCUGCUCGACGUGAGUCCAGUCACAGCAUUCUUCCAAUGGCUCACGCGACAUUGCCUGUUGGCUAUAGCUAUCCCAUCAGACAGGUUGUUUCACUGCAUCCACUGUACCCACUGUGGCCACAAGCCCUCUACCUGAACCAAAGAGGACCGCCCUAGGUGGAGCUCGUUCGUAAGCGUCACCUCUCCUGUCGGCGCUUCCGCAGGUACUCUGCGCUUCCUUCACCGAUUUUCUGGCGCGUUCGCACGGCGAUCAAAACAGACAAUGGUUGCUGCUGCUGCUGCUUCGGCGGCCCUCGAGACCGGCAAAGUCUCGGUGCUGCUGGGCGCCCAAUGGGGUGACGAGGGAAAAGGCAAGCUCGCCGAUGUCCUGUCCAUGAACAUGGACGUCUGCGCACGCUGUGCUGGCGGCAACAAUGCUGGCCACACGAUCGUCGCGCACAUCGGACCUGACAAGGUCAAGACCAAGUUUGACUUUCACCUGCUGCCGUCUGGGUUGGUCAACCCCCGCUGCGCCGGCUUCAUCGGUUCGGGCGUCGUCGUCCACGUACCGUCCUUCUUUGCCGAGCUGGAUGCGCUACAAAAGAAGGGCCUCAAUUGCGAUGGCAGGCUGUUCCUUUCUGAUAGAGCACACCUCGUGUUUGACUUUCAUCAAGUUGUUGACGGACUCAAGGAGGUCGAGCUCGGUGGAAGCAGUAUCGGAACCACCAAGAAGGGAAUCGGGCCAGCUUACUCGUCCAAGGCAUCGCGCUCCGGCCUGCGUGUCCACCACUUGUACGACCAAGAACUAUUCGCCAACAAAUUCCGGAAGCUUGUAGAAGGGAGAUUCAAGCGGUACGGGCACUUUGAAUAUGACACGGAAGGAGAGAUUGCGAGAUACAAGGCUUUUGCGGAACGAUUACGUCCCUUUAUUGUCGACGGCGUCACGUUCAUCCACACUGCCAUCUCGCAAAAGCGGCGUGUGCUUGUCGAAGGCGCAAACGCAUUGAUGCUGGACCUCGACUUUGGCACGUACCCUUACGUCACCUCGUCGUCCACCUCGAUCGGCGGUGUUUGCACGGGCCUCGGCAUCCCGCCCACGGCGAUCGGGAGCAUCAUCGGCGUCAUGAAAGCGUACACUACGCGCGUCGGUGCCGGACCGUUCCCUACCGAACUCACCGACGAGAUCGGAGUGCACAUGCAGGAGGUCGGUGCCGAGUACGGCGUCACCACCGGCAGGAGGCGCCGCUGCGGCUGGCUUGACCUGGUUGUAAUGAAGUACUCGUGCUUGAUCAACGGUUACACAAGCCUGAACCUUACCAAACUCGACAUUCUCGAUAACCUCAAGGAGGUCAAAGUCGCCGUCGCAUAUCUGCAGAACGGAAAGGAGCUCCCUUGCUUCCCAGCCGACCUCGACAUACUCGCAAACGUCGAGGUAAAAUACGAGACUCUGCCUGGCUGGCAGGGGGACAUCUCGACAGCGCAGACGUUCGAAGAGCUGCCGGAGAACUGUCGCGCGUACGUCGAGUACGUCGAGAAGUUCCUUGGCGUCCGCAUCGAGUGGAUCGGCGUUGGGCCUAGUCGGGAGAGCAUGAUUAAGCGCUGAGUCAGGCCGCAGCUAGACGACUAUUGCGCUUUUUUGUAGAAAUAGACUGGAAACAAUGUGCUUCUUCCUUGCUUCGAGAAUGGGAGGAGGGAUGCGCUGAACCGCGAGCGCAUCGAGGCAUAGAAGGCAAGACACAUACUCAAAACGAGGGUACGAGGGCUGCACUGCUGGCACAAGUGUACAACCAAAGGAAGCGUGUGCAUGUUUUCGUGCAGGAAUGAUGUAUUCGACUGUCCG